AUGUCUUCGCAACCUCUCCUCCAAACCGCCCCGGGCAAGCGCAUCGCCCUCCCUACGCGCGUCGAGCCCAAAGUCUUCUUCGCCAACGAGCGCACCUUUCUCUCAUGGCUCAACUUCACCGUCAUCCUCGGCGGACUAGCAAUCGGCCUCCUCAACUUCGGCGACGGCGUUGGCAAGAUCAGCGCCGGACUCUUCACGCUCGUUGCUAUGAUGGCCAUGAUCUACGCCCUCUUCACAUUCCACUGGCGCGCGAGGAGCAUCCGGAUGCGCGGACAGGGUGGAUUCGACGACCGCCUGGGUCCUACCAUUUUGACCAUUGCGCUCUUUGCCGCGGUCAUUGUCAACUUUGUGUUGAGGUUGACCAUGGGCAACGAGAAGAAAUAA